AUGGGUUGCUGCUUCAGCACCCCUAACUCCAACCAACCCCAAAAUGAACCUCAACACCCACAACCCCACCGUGGAUCCCUUCAACAAAACUGCAGAACCAGAAUCCCACAACCCCUUGAAGAGGAAUAUGUGAAAGAGGUUCUUUCUGAAACACCCAUCUCCAAACUACAACAAAUUCCAACUUUUAAGCCACAGAUGAAGACCCAAUUGCCCGUUAUGCAGCCCCCAGAAGUGCCCGUAAAAAAAGCGUUGGAACCUGAGGAAGUCUCUCUUGUGUCGGAAACAUGCAGCAACGGUGAGAGUUUCUCCACCACCACCACCGCCACCACCACGGUCACGGAAAUCCGAGAAGAUGAAGCCACGAGCAAGAGAAGCAACGCAACUCGGAACCGGAAGCGUUCCUACGCCGUGGACGGCAAUAGAAUCAGCUCCAGGGAGCGGAGGCAGAAAUCUCCGGCGAGAAAGCCAGAAAUUCCGGUGAGGUCACGGCCGGUUCCCCGGAGAGAUUCUGAUCAGGUACGCCGUCUUUCCGGCGGGGGUUCCAUCCGACGGUCGAGUUCACCAACGCGUGGAGGCCGGAGUAAUAUCCGACCGCCGAUGCGACAGGUUCCGGCGACUAAAGAUGCCGUGCAGAGAAACGAAGGCGUUUCGGUGAAGGAGUCAUUAGAGAAUCCACAUGUGUCAUUGGAGUGCUUUAUUUUUCUGUAG